ACAAGUGCAGACGGCGUCGCUGCUUUGUUUUGGAUCGUAAGUGCGGGUCUUUUGCUCUGCGUAUAUACAAAUAAUCGGGCGUGCUAGGUUACACGGCCCCGUUCUGAGCUCUGAAUCGGCAUAAUGCAAACUCUCGUUCUACUAUUGGCUCUAAUAUUGGCCCUAACGUUGGCAGUGUGCCAAGACGACGAAGAUGAGGGUCGCAAGCCGCAUAUUAUUAUUAUCAUGGCAGAUGAUCUGGGUUUCGAUGAUGUCAGUUUCCGAGGAUCGAAUCGUUUCCUCACGCCCAACAUCGAUGCACUGGCCUACAACGGAGUGAUCAUCAACGAUCUCUACACACCCGCCAUGUGCACGCCCAGUCGAGCGGCGCUGCUCACCGGCAAGUAUCCCAUUAAUACAGGCAUGCAGCAAUAUGUGAUUGUCAACGAUCAGCCCUGGGGUUUGCCUUUAAAUGAGACAACCAUGGCACAGAUCUUUCGCUCCAGUGGCUAUCGCACGAAUCUGCUGGGCAAAUGGCAUCUGGGCAUGUUCCAGCGCAAUUAUACGCCCACCGAAAGAGGCUUCGAUCAUCACUUGGGCUAUCUGGGCGCCUAUGUGGAUUACUACGAUCAGACUUACCAACAGAAUGGCAAACCUUAUGCACGUGGACACGACUUUCGCAAUGAUCUGAAGGUCUCACGCGAUCAAGUGGGUCACUAUGUCACCGAUGUGCUAACCGAUGCUGCCGUCGAGCUGAUCACCACACACAAUGCCAGUGCUCAACCAUUGUUCCUGCUGCUCAGCCAUCUGGCUCCACAUGCAGCCAACACCGAUGAUCCCAUGCAAGCGCCCAUGGAAGAGUUGGCUCAAUUCGAGUAUCUCACAAAUGUCACCGAGCGAUACUAUGCAGCGAUGGUGUCACGGCUGGACAAGAGCGUGGGUCGUGUCAUUGAUGCUCUGGCUCAACAGCAGCUUUUAGAGCACAGCAUUGUUCUGUUCCUGUCUGAUAACGGAGGUCCGACGCUGGGAGAGCACUCCACCACAGCAUCCAACUAUCCUUUGAGAGGCCAAAAACACUCGCCUUGGGAGGGCGGAAUACGCUCCUCGGCAGCCAUUUGGAGCAAGCGAUUCUCACGACUUGGGCGAGUUUGGCGACAGCGUUUCUACAUUGGCGAUGUGCUGCCCACGCUGGCAGCUGCUGCUGGCAUUCAGUUGAACAGUUCCUUGCAGUUGGAUGGCCUCAAUCUGUGGCCAGCUCUGAUGUAUGACUACGAUGCAGUGGAGCGGGAGAUUGUGCACAACAUUGACAACUCGGUGCCUUAUGUGUCAUAUGUGCACGGCAGAUGGAAGUUUGUGAAUGGCACCACGUCCGGUGGGCAAUACGAUGGCUGGCUAUCGGUGCGUCACAAUCAAUCCGAUCCUCGGGCCGAUCACUACGAAGAGGUAAUAAGGAACACCAGUGUGUGGCAGCAGUUGCAGGAGCUGCGUGGUAACUUGGCUUCCAUAAACAUUUCUUCGAUGCGAGAGGAAGCCACUGUGAAGUGUCGAGAACCUCAGCCCGACGAUGUACCUUGUCUGCCUCUAGAGGGUCUCUGUGUCUUCGACAUGGACGAGGAUCCCUGUGAGCAGAACAAUAUCUACGAGAAGAUGCGCGAUGGGCGCUUCAUUACCGAAUACCUUCAACGCAUUGAGGAAUUCAAUAGAAAAGCACGUCCACCGGGUAAUAAACCCGCUGAUCCUCAGUGUGAUCCACGCUAUUAUAACAACGAGUGGACCUGGUGGCAAGAUGAACGUAAUGCAGGCGUCUCUAGGUUACCAAUGUACUUCGAGUAUUUUCUAGUGACUUUAAUGUGGAUUUGGUGGUCUUACUGAAUGUAUUUCAAAUGGAUAUUAAUACUGUAAAUAUGUCUGUAUUUUUGUAGACUGUAAUUGUUAUUGUAAUACAGUAAUUAGUUUCACAUGUUAAUCUAUAAUCUAUAAGGUAUUAGUAAAGUGUGCUUCAAAGUUGAUUUUAAA